AUGGUAUUCGCCCACAGGCACAUAAAAAAAAAAAGGACAGAAGUGGAUCCGAUGAAAGCUAAAGUCAAUGUUGCAGGUCAUUCUGUAAGGACUCUUCAACGUCGUAUACAGGCUGCUGAGUUUUCAAGAGACACAAAUGUUCAGGUGAGUGCACAUAUGAUUAAAUAGAUAUGAAAUAUAUUUGAAAAACAUAUAUAUAUAUAUAAUUAUACUCCAAGAGCUAGGUUAUUCGAACAUUUACUGCAACUCUGAGUUUCAUGCUUCUUGCGAAGCAAUCUUCAGGCAACAAAAAAUGUAAAUGUUCGAAUAACCUAGCUCUUGGAGUAUAAUUAUUCUUAGCUCUAGCUCUGCUAUUGAGCACUUUAUAGUAGAUGAGGAUUUCUUUCCACUUGUUAUUCUUUUUUUCUUGCUAGGUCGCUGUUCUUAAGAAGAUUAAAGAAAGAAACAAAAACGGACGUUGGUGGAUUAAAGCAGAUGCAUGUGACCUGCGAAAGGGACUGCGUGAGUCAAUGCGUCAUGAGUGGGCAGGAGAUUGUGACCUGGGAGAUGGAAAGCUUCAAACUUUAUAUCAGGAAUACAUGGACAGAAAAACCUUCUAUGGUGGAUUAGGACUUAAGGAUCGAAGAGUAAGAAUGAAAGAAGAUAUGGCGCUUGUGAUUUCUGGUUUGGCUAACGAUUUAAGGUUUCUGGUUGGUGGAGAGAAAGCUGCAAAAGACAAGUAUGCAGCUAAACAACGUCAGUCAAAUGCUUCUGAAGAUGGCAUGUUUGCAUUGGCUUGGGAGUGUGAAUGCUUCCAGACUCUCACUAACAUUAACAAAGACCUAAAGUCUUCAAUUUCCAGCCUGCACUUAAGAAUUUCAACAAACCAGAGAGAUGGUAAUAUUGCUGGUGAUCUCACUUCUUUACGCCAAAGGCUUCUUUCCUAUGCUAAGGAUCUUUUUUCCAAGCAUAGAGAAGCUGCCUCUCAUCUCAUGGUGUUCAUGAUAGCCGAUGAAAAACGCGACAUGAAGCCCUAUGCUGUUCCUGUACGAUUUAUACCUUACCACAGUGUGACUGACAAUAAACUGCGUGAACUGUGUAUGGAGCUACGGAGUGCCAUGGUAAAUUUGGGAAUGCUUGUGGUUGGUGAGUUAAGAUUUUUCUUUAAUUGUCUCUGUUAACUACCUUAAGUUUAUACAACAGAAAGGGGCUGCUCUGCUGCUUAAAAGCCACCUUUCUCAGACCAGACUGGCAUAGCGCUGAGUAUAUUGGUACUUUUAGAGUGCAUAGAGCCUGUUGAAUUUUUAAAUAAUUGUCAUUUUUUUUUUACUCAGCAACUGAAUGGUGAUUUGCAUCUUCACCCGCCCACCCCCCCCACCUCCCAAAAUUGUAAUUUGAAAUAAGCCAAACAACAAUUUAUUUAUCUGAUUUUUUGUUUGUUUUAGGCACUGUCACAGAUGGAGAAUUUAACUCCAUCCGCACUAUGGGAUCAAAAAGAGCUAUUUCCAUAAUUCAAGUGAUGAUGGAUUCAAAGUCAGAGGCUAGAAGCACCAAUGUUAAUGCCAUACGGAGGUAUUUCACACCAGUUGCAGUCCCAGGUAACUUUUCUUUAACUGAUGUUUUAUCUAUGCCAAAAUCUGACCACUGGAAAUUCUUCACUAUCAUAUGUGUGUGUGUGUGUGUGUGUGUGUUUGUAGGUGGAAAUGAAAUUCAGGUUAAAAUGAUUUCAACCUAGAUUGAUUUGAAUCUCCUUUGUUUCGAAGAGGCAAUUCGCAUGUAUUUUAAAACCUUAACUUUUCUUCCUAACAGGUGCCAAUGGGACAUUUUCUGUAAGAGGUCAGGCUCAACACCCAGCCAUUCCGGUUGAGGACAUUGUAUGGCUUUUAUGA